AUGAUGCCCGUUGCCUUGCCGCUAGUCCCUGCACGCCCCCUGCGCUUGCCCGUGCUCCUGCUGCUGGCGCUGCUGCUGUGCCCGGGGCCAGGCUCAGGGCUGGGCGAGGGUGCGCCCGGCGGGCACUGGGAGCUGCGGAGCUCCUCUCGCUGCCUGCCCAUCCCUCCCACCAUGGCGCUGUGCCACGACAUCGGCUACUCCACCAUGCGCAUGCCCAACCUGCUGGGCCACGAGUCCCCGGGAGAGGCAGUGCAGCAGUCCGCCAGCUGGCUGCCCCUGCUGGCCCGGGAGUGCCACCCCGACGCCCGGAUCUUCCUCUGCUCACUCUUUGCACCCAUCUGCCUGGACAGGUUCAUCUCCCCGUGCCGGAGCCUGUGCGAGUCGGUGCGGGACAGCUGUGCUCCUAUAAUGGCGUGCUAUGGGUACCCCUGGCCUGCCAUUCUCAGCUGCGACCAGUUCCCUGCUGACCACCUGGUGUGCAUCUCUUCGGUUUCCAACAACACGGUCAACAAUGCCGGCAGCCGCAAAGCUGUACCUCGAGCAAGCUGUCGAGAUUGUGAACUGGAAGAAGCAAAGUCUGCAAAGGACGUGCUGGAAACCUUCUGCAGGAAUGACUUUGUGGUGAAACUGCGCCUGUCGCGGCUCAACUCCAGCACCGCGGGCCUGGCCCGGUUCUCCCUGGCCAAUAAGGUGGAGGUGCUGAAGCACGGCCCACUGCUGGGGGGUCAGAUCCGCGCCCGCCUGCAGCUGUGGCUGGACCGCGACGCCACCUGCGUGCACAACAUGACGCGCCGCCAGCCCCACGGCGGCGCCUACCUGGUGACGGGCAACGUGCAGGGCGAGCGCCUGGUGGUGGUCAAGGCCUACAGCUGGCACAAGCGCGAACGCAACCUAACGACUGCCGCGCGCAAGUGGAAACGGCACCGGUGCAGAGGGUAGCGCUCAGAGGAACAGGGAGGGAGCAGAGCUGGGCUGGGCAGUGCACUAGCACGUCUUGGUUAGGCGGCCUUAGCUCGUCUGCCUCCAAUGGCACACACAGUCACUGCUGGGCGGAAAAUACCCCACACCCAUUUGCCCCUCAAAUCAUGUACUGCGACAUACAGCCCACAUACAUACACACAAGCAAUAAUAGCAUAUUUCUGCAGUGCACCAGGUUCACAAGAAUGUCAAACAAUGGGACUCUGUUAUCUACCUUCAAAUGAGUUAGGGCUUAGCAUCUUCAACAAAUGUCUUACAUAAAAGGGUGUCACUGGUCCACAAUGUCGAAAAGAACAACAAAUGGGCUGACAUUUUUUCAGUCCUCCUCUCCACUGAUUGUGAUUUAAAAGUGCCAUUUCACAGUCCAGAUCAAAUCAUGUUCCAAAUCAAAACUUUCAAGAUACCCUCUCUAAAGAGAAAAUGUACUCCGUUCAUUGUAUAUGUAUAUAUAUGUAAAUUACUGUACUAUAUUUGUAAUGAAAUUAAAUUUAACGCAAUGACAA